AUGGAGCAUUACCUGUUCAACAUGUCCACUGAGCCAGGAAGGCGCGAGAGGGGCCCGUGGCCCUCUGCACGUCCUCAAGGGCCCCCUCGCCCCACACGGCCCCUUCUUGCGGCUCCGGCCUGUGCCGGCUCCGUCCCCGCUGAGGGCCGAGGCGGCGAAACUCUCCUCCGCGCCUCGGCCGCUUCCCCUCAGCCAGGAAGGCGCGAGAGGGGCCCGUGGCCCUCUGCACGUCCUCAAGGGGCCCCUCGCCACACAGGGCCCCUUCUUGCGGCUCCGUCCCCGCUGAGGGCCGAGGGCGGCGAAAUUCUCCUCAGCGCCUGGGCCGCUUCCCCUCACAGGCCGCGCAGCAGCAGGCCGCGCAACCGCCGCCGCCGCCGCGGCAGCGCCGCCUCCUGGGCUCCCUCGGGCGGGGCCGCGGUCGACGCCUGGGCGCUGGGCGGGCCUUCGCGGCAGCCUUUCCCGUCUGCGCCGGCCCUCCGGGAGUGCCGCGUCGAGGAGCGAAGCCGAGCGGGACCGAGGGGGGCGCCGUCCAUGGGGACCCUGCCGCCACCGCCGCUGCUCGCUGUCGUCGUGGCCCUCGCCGGAGCGGCCGUCGCAGGAGCCCUGAUUGACCUGCCUCCCCUAUCUAACGUCAGUUACACUUUCAUCGAAAAGCGCUGCCAGUUGGAUGUGAGAUGGAAUCUUGUAGAAGGCUUUAAUAGUAUCUGCAAUCUAGAGUAUUACAGUGAAGUGAAAACUGGUGGAGAAUGGCAGAAACCAAAAUGGAGUUCCAGCCUUUUCCGGACCUUGCAACUACCUCUGGGUGAAAAUACUGUUUUCAGAGUAAGAACAUUAUGUUUGGACAGCCACCAGGGUGAAGGAGAAUGGUUUAAUAUUUCUCUUGCACAAAAUGGUACUGCAGGUACAGGAGCCAUUAAUGUCAAAUGCAUUUGGCAUAAUAAACAGUAUGUCGUGUGUACAUGGCAGCGUGGAGAAAAAGCAGAUAAUAAUACCUUCUACAACCUGUCUUACUGGUAUAGUCCUCUGAAAAAAGAACAGCCGUGCACAAAUUACACUAGAAAAGGAGAUUCCUUUCGAUGCACUUUCAACUUGGACUUCGAGGGAUUCGUACCUCUUAGUAUUUCUAUCCGAGGCAAUUCCAGAGAUAUUCAGCCUGUGUGUAUAGUGAAGGAAGGCUUGGAAAGUGAUUUACCUGUAAAACUUCACCCUCCAACAAUUGUAAACAUCACAAAGACCAGUGAUGGAGUAUCUCUAAACUGGACUCCUAGCAAAUUGGGUGCCACAUGCUAUCAAGUAGAAAUAAAUAACACCGAAUCUAGCAAAACAGUAAGUUAUUCUCAUACCUUACCACAGAACUUAUAUAUACCUAUAAAGCAGAAAGUGUGCGUCACUUAUGUCUUGAAAUGUUUACCCACUUCCACAUAUGGUACUGCCUUAAUACUGUUCACCCAGACAGGUCUUCAUGUAAACAUCACAAAGACCAGUGAUGGAGUAUCUCUAAACUGGACUCCUAGCAAAUUGGGUGCCACAUGCUAUCAAGUAGAAAUAAAUAACACCGAAUCUAGCAAAACAGUUUAUGAAGAUCAUACCAACAUAUCAUUCAGUCUCAGGCCUAAUGUAUACCACACUUUCCGGGUGAGAUCCAUUCUUGGUGUUGUCAGCAGUGGUUGUACGAAGACAUUGGGCCUCUGGAGUGAUUGGAGCAACAUAGAGGAGUGGGAUCAGAAGGACACAGACAACACAUUGAACAUUAUUUUACUAAUUCUUAUUCCGUUAUCUGUGGCAAUCCUGACUAUCACUUUGGUAGUUUACCUGAAGAGGAUUAAGCUGUUGAUUCUUCCAACAAUUCCUGAGCCUGGAAAGUUUCUGAAACGAAUGUUUGAAGAGCAAAGUGAAGAUCUCCCAAAACCAUUCACGGAAGAUCCAAUCAAAGAUGAGCAAACCCAUGUAUUGAUAUUCAUAAAGCCUCCUAGGAAUGAGAACUGAGGAACCACGCUGCUGUCUUUACAUCACAUGACUUCUGAAUGUAAACCAGAUGUUUUCGGGUCAGGGGCUGAUGCUCCCAGCUGCUGGACAACCUUUUUGGAGAUACAUUAUAACACACAACAUUCUUAUCCUGGCAUCUGUUUGCUAAAAAUAUCUUGUUGGACCAAGCAGGCCAUAGAAAUAAUAAUCCCUUCACCUGAUGUGUUGUCAAAUCGACCUACCCUCCCCAAUUUGUCAUCGGUGCUCAUCAGUUCAAAAAUGUGAGCAUCAGACCCUGUGUUAGCUUCUGUGAAGCAGCAUUUACUCUGGAGGACUACCUAUUUCCAUCAUUUUUCCCACUUGAACAGCAGGAAUGUUCACAACAGUCCUGACAGGGCUUGGCUUUAUCUCUUGUCAUUUUGUUCUUGGGAGAUUCUCCAAGUUAAACCAGGAACUACUCAAGUGUCUUUGAGAGUGCCUAAGAGAAAACUGAGUUGGAUGGCUAAGUUGGUGUAUGAAUCCUUUCAUUCCGAGCCAAGAUGUCUCACACCUGGAUUCUUGGCAUAACUGUCUUUUUUUGUCACAAGCAUGUGAAUAUAGAAACCCUGGAAAGGGUUUAUGCCCAUCCUAAUCACGUACCUAUGAUUUUAAAUGUGGGAAUGACAAGUGAGAAUGCUUUGUGUGCAUUGUGUGGUAUUUUAAUAGAUGAGAUUUAUUUUGUAUAAAUAACUUCUUUAAAUUUU